UAGUGAGGUGAGGGUUAGUGGUGUAUGAGAGAUUGUACAGCCAGCGAUGCAGCGAGUAUAAAGUUAUGUAUAAAAAGUUCUGUGUAAAUGUAGGACUCGCGUUUAUAUGCCUACCUCAUACCAAACAGAAACGAUCGACGACAAAUCAACGUCGGACUUUUGGGAGAAACUUGGGACACAGAUGGAAUUGGUUAAAGCAAUCGAGCUAGCUAGCUAGCGUAACAAGCUAGCAAAUGUUGUUCUUAUCUAACUACCUGUGCGCAUUGGAUUGUUUUAUUCGGUAGAUUUUAAGUAACUACUUAGUUGGAAAUGCUAGCCACAUUAACACAGGUAUUUGAUUAACGUUAGUUGUCCAUAAACUAUUGCUCGUUGUAUACCCGAGAAAGUGAAUCUGUGUUGUUGUGUGAGCUACUUUACAAUAAGUUCGCCCUAAUGUAAUGGUAAAUGGGCGUAAUUAUAACUGAGGCGGCUAACUAGCUAGCCAAGCAGCUUUUUAUUUCCCUCCUUUCAAAAUAUCCAUUAACUUAGGGUAUAAAAGAAAGUGAAGACUGAGUGGGUAAUGAAGUUACCCUUAUGCUUGCUUUACCUCGCUAGCUGGCUAACGUAGCUUGCUAGCUGGCUUGGCUAGCUAACGUAGCUGUUUGUCGAGUGUCAUAAGCCUCAUAUCUCCGGGUUAUCUCUUUACAGCAUAAACUUGCAGAGGUGGAUCUCAAGCGGGAAAGAAUGCCCUCAGUGUGACUGCACUCGGUCAAGCCUAACCCUGGCCAUUCUUCAGCUUUCCGAAAGAAAAAAAUAAUGGCAACUGAGGAUGGCAGCGAGGAGCCUGACUCUGCCUCGGUAGCGACACGGAGAGGUAGUAAAAGUGACAUGGAUACAUUUCGGUUCUCGGUCUGUCCGAGCAUGGAUUUGGGCCUUGCUCCCAAAGUUAACAUCUCCCCAGGCAUAUCACAUGGAACGUCUUCAGCGUUGACGUUGUUUUCAGUUGUUGGAGGACAGCCAAAACCGGGAGCGAUCACAUUGGCCACAACAGGAAUUGCCAGUGCUGGUACCAUGGGGAAUGUUCUAUUAGAAGAUGCAAGCAUAACAUUGCCAUCUCAAAAAGUAGGAACGGAUAACCAGAUAUCAACAUACCCAAGUCCACAGGUACACUCAUGCGCUCCUUUUUUCCCUCAGCCGCCGUCUGCCAUAUAUGGGGCUCUAGGCACAAUCGAAGAAAAUGAUGCUCUGGACGGUCAGGAAUACGAAGAGGAGGAAGUAACUUUUCCACGUACUGCAUCGCCCCCAAAUCAGUGGUAUCAUGGGAAGCUGGACAGGACAAUAGCAGAGGAACGCUUGCGCCAGGCUCAGACACCAGGCAGCUACCUCAUCAGGGAGAGUGGUCGUCGGCCUGGCUCUUUUGUGCUGUCUUUCCUUAGCAUGACUAGUACUGUCAAUCACUUCAGGAUCAUUGCCAUGUGUGGAGACUACUAUAUUGGAGGGCGUUGUUUUUCCUCCUUGUCUGACUUGAUUGGUUAUUACAGUUAUGUCUCCUGUCUGCUAAAAGGAGAAAAGCUUCUUUCACCUGUGGCUCCCCCAGAGCCUGUAGAAGAUCGGCGAAGGGUGCGAGCCAUUCUCCCAUAUACUAAGACUGAAACUGAUGAGCUCAGUUUCUUGAAAGGAGAUCUGUUUAUAGUUCACAAUGAAGAUGAAGAUGGCUGGAUGUGGGUGACAAAUGUCCGAACUGAUGAGCAAGGCCUUAUUGUGAAAGGUUUAGUAAAAGAUGUGGGACGAGAAGAGGAUCCUCAUGAGGGAAAAAUUUGGUAUCAUGGGAAGGUAACCAAGCAAGAGGCCUAUACUCUACUCAAGACAGUUGGACAGGUAUCUAGUUUUUUAGUAAGACCAUCAGACAGCACACCUGGAGAUUACACUCUCUUUUUCCGCACCAAUAAAAACAUCCAGCGCUUUAAAAUCUGCCUAACAUCAAGCAACAACUUCAUGAUGGGAGGUCGUGUCUAUAACAGUAUUGAUGACAUCGUUGAGCAUUAUAGGAAAGAACAGAUUGUUCAGGGUUAUGUUCUGGAAGAUGCUGUACCUGCCCAGCGCCAGGAGCAGAUAGUCACUGACUUUGCAGAGGGAAGAGAAAUCUACAAAACUCUACGUCAAAAAACAAAGGAUGCAUUCUACAAAAACAUUGUAAAGAACGGGUAUCUUUUGUUCAAUAAAGGAAAAAGAUGGAAGAAUCUCUACUUCAUUCUGGAAGGGAAUGACUCUCAACUCAUAUAUUUUGAGAGUGAAAAACGAGCUACGAAACCAAAGGGUCUAAUUGACCUGAGUGAAUGUUCUGUGUAUGGUGUACACGACAGUAUGUUCAGCAGGCCAAACUGUUUCCAAAUAGUUUUUCAGCAGUUGUUUAGUGAGGAGCUGUGUAUCUUCUACUUUGCAGGGGAGACCCCUGAGCAAGCUCAGGACUGGAUGAAAUGUCUGCAAACCUUCUGCAGUAAUCUUAGGAAACCUUCCCAGUCUUCUCCAAACAAACGCCUUCGCCAGGUGCGCAGUUUACUUCUCUAUGUUGAAGAGGCCCACAAACUGCCCAGCAAACAUUUCACAAAUGCCUACUGCAGCAUCUACCUAAACAGUAUUCAAGUUGCAAAGACCCAUCCCAGAGAGGGCCAGAACCCUGUGUGGACUGAGGAGUUCAUCUUUGAUGACUUGUCAGAUGACAUCAGGAGAUUUGAAAUCACUCUGAGCAAUAAGACAAAAAAGAGCAAAGAGAGUGAUAUCUUAUUCAUGCGAUGCCAGCUAUGCAGAUUGCAGAAGGGCCAGAUGAUUGAUGAGUGGUUUCCUCUGACCUCACACGUACCUCUAAAGGGCAUCGAACCUAGCUCACUGCGGGUCAGAGCACGGUAUUCUAUGGAGAAGAUCAUGCCUGAAGAGGUUUAUAGUGAGUUCAAAGAGCUGAUUCUACUGAAGGAGUUUCAUGUCAUAAAUGCAUUAGCAAAUAUCUGUGGACAGGACCGCACUUUUCUGGCUAGCAUUCUACUCAGGAUAUUCAGACAUGAGAGACUUGAAGCCCAGCUUCUAAGGUCACUUAACAGCAGGGAAAUCAGCAUGGAGGAUGAGGCUACAACACUCUUUCGUUCCACGACCCUGGCUAGCACCCUUAUGGAGCAGUACAUGAAAGCUACCGCAACUCCUUUUGUUCACCACGCUCUUAAAGACACAAUCUUAAAGAUUAUGGAAUGCAAGCAGUCUUGUGAGCUAAAUCCUUCCAAACUGGAGAGAAACGAAGAUGUAAAUGUGAAUCUUGCACAUCUCUUGAGCUUAGUGUCUCAGCUGAUGGAGAAAAUAUUCAUGGCUACUGAAAAUCUCCCCCCAACCCUGAGGUUCAUAUAUGGGUGUUUACAGAAAUCUGUGGAAGAGAAGUGGCCCCGAAACACAACCAUGAGAACUAGGGUUGUGAGUGGUUUUGUCUUUCUGAGACUCAUUUGCCCUGCUAUUGUCAAUCCAAGAAUAUUCAACAUCAUUGCUGACCCACCUUCCACUACAGCCUCUCGUACACUCACUUUGGUAGCCAAAGCUAUACAGAAUCUAGCCAACCUGGUGGAGUUUGGCACCAAGGAGCCAUACAUGGAGGGAGUAAAUUCAUUCAUCAAGAGUAACAAAAACAGAAUGAUCAUGUUUUUGGAUGAGCUAGGGAAUGUUCCUGAGCUCCCUACCACUACAGAGCACUUUAGCACUGACCUGGCCCGGGACCUAGCUGCCCUCCAUGAUCUGUGUGUAAGCCACUCAGAUGAGCUGCGUGUCCUCAGCAAUGAGAGGGGUGUACAACAGCAUGUGUUGAAAAAACUUCUAGCAAUCACAGAGCUUCUUCAGCAGACUCAAAGCCAGUAUGCUGGACCCAGCAUUAUCAGAUAGUGUACUGGAGCAACACUAUAAAGAUUGUGUGGUUUUGUUUGGUUGUUGUGGUUCUCUAAUUCCCAGUUCCCAUAUUCUGUGUAUUUUAUUACAUAUGACCAGUCCGUAUGCAAAAUGUCAUUCGAGAAAACAGAACAUUUGUUUCACCUUAAGUGCCUAGUUCUGAAUUACAUUAAGGUUUUAUUGAUGUUUAAUUUGUGGGAGGUUUUAAAAAUGCUUAUACUACUUAUUAAUACCCUGUAUUUCAUACCUUUCAUAGCUGGAUAUACUCCCUGUCAUAAAAAUAUGGUAGGAUUAGUUGAAGAAAUUUGUAAUAGUGAAAGUAGAUUCUGAUCAAAUGGGGAACCAAUGUUCUGGUUGUGCUGGCUUCACACAGGCAACAUAGAAUUUUUAGCAUUUUUCCUGUUUGCUUAUUGAAAUGUGUGCACAUUUGACAUGCCAGCUUCAUAUCAGUUAAUUAUCAGUUGAAAAGAAAAAUAGAAAAAGAACAUGCAUAUCACUGCAGCAUGCACUGCAGUGCUUCAUCACUUAUGCACAAGAAUAAGACACAUUUAAUCAGUAUUGUUUUCAGAAGUGCAAAUAAUUCUAAAGUGAGUGAGGUAUGUGAUGACUAUGUUUUAAAUUUCUAUGCCCAGGUUAAAAGACAAAUGUAUUGCCAACAUACUCAAUAACCCUCUCUCAGCAAGGAUAGGAUUAUGGGUUUUAGUGACUCUAGUGGUUAGCCAAAGAGCCAAGAUUAAUAUGUAUACCAUCAAAUAGGGGUGUUUGAUGAUUAAACCUAAGCCUUCUUUAUUCACUAAUAAAUGUAGAUGAAUGAUGUAUUAAAUGCAUUUUGAUAUUGGCUACAUUGCAACUUAAAGUGAUUUUUGUAACUGACGUGGGCUGACAUUUUUUAUAUUCUUUAUAGGAUGGAUUUGUUAUAUGUUCAUACAAAUACUAAAGCCAGUUGGAAAACUGCAUUGUUUUAUAUUCUAAUGCUAUAUAGGAAGCAGUGCAAAUGAAGAUAUUUUGUAUCAAAAUAAUUGUUCUGCUAGCAACAUGAGUUUGAAAAGUUCAUUCAUUUUGUCUUUGAUUUUUGUAUGUCUUUGAUGAGUAAUAAUGGCACUAUGAGCAAAUCAUCACAUGCGUGAACAGUGUUUUGUAAAAUAUUAUCAAUCAUUUCUCUCUAUACAAAUAAAUCAAAUGCAUUUCCCCUUUUUGGAGAA